UUUUUCUCUUGUGUUCAUUUCCCUCUCCUAUUUCUUUUAAUUUCUUCUCCUACCCUCUCUGAAUCCCUGCACUGCUCAUUUCUCAACCUCUUCUCUCCUACUGUAUCUUCUUUUUGCUUGUCCUUUCCUUCUCAUUCCAUCUCCUUCUGGUUCACUUUUCUCCUCCCAUCUCCUUUCCUUUUCCUUUCUUCUUCUCUCUCCUCUCCUCUUCUUCUGUUUUGUUCCCCACCUUCCUAACAUCUCUCACUUCAUCCACUUCUCCUCCAUUCUCUCUUUUUCUUUACUUCCUUGUCUAUGCUCUUUCAAAUCCAGCUCGUCCUCUUCUCCUUCAAACAUCUAUUCCUCGCUCCCUCUCCUCUCCACACAUCUCUUACUCUUUUCUUUCAUCCUUCCUCUCUGUUAGUCUCUCCUCCUCCUCCUCCUCCUCCUCUCUAUUCCAGCAGCAGACCCAUUGAACAGCAGCGGCGGCAGCAGCAGCAGUGUCACUCAGCACAGCGAUGACAUGUAUGAAAGUGAGGACCUCUGUUUUUCAUUUUCUUGCCUCUUUGUUUUCCCUUUGUUUUUGCAUCACCUCCUGCUUUGGCUUUUCUUCUCUCUUUUGUAUGUCUUCUUUCCAUUCCGUCUGUUUUUUCUCAUCAUUCUCCUGUACUUUUCAGAUCUCUUUUCUGCCACAUUGAUCUUUUUUGGAGUGCAGCAAUAUGAGGGUACCAUGCAUUCCAAAUAGGGCUUCUGUCCUCUUUUCCCGAUUCUCGAUUUUUUUCUUUUCUUGUUUUGCAGCUCAGUGGACAUAGGCAGGCUAGUCUUGCUGAUGCAAUUCAGUAUGUCAACAUCUGGGCGCAGAUGUGUUUGAGUGGAUAUUUUAACACCUUUUUUAAAAUCAUGCAAAUCCUUCUUUCUGUGGGAGAAUGUGUUGUGACAGGAACACUGAGAAGAAGCAGUAUGUUUUGGGGUAUAAUAUAAAAUACUGAGCAUAGCUGUAGUGCUCUAAGGACAUGCAUGUAACUUGUAUUUGGUGAGAGAGCUAAUUUGUUUUAAAAAUCUAAUGUUUUGUCAAUUGUGGGGAUAUUAUUGGACGGUUUUCUUCUGGACCCAAACAAAACAGCUUUUGAAUAUUUUGGCUUUUCUCUCAUUUCUUUCAUUUUUGUACUUUAUUUUUUCACUGGCUGCCAUGAACAGUUAAUUUUGCGGUGAGUGUGCCGAAGGUUAAAAAGAAUGGGGAACAUAACAUCAGCCAUUUAACCAGGAUGGACUUACUGGAUGCAUUCACUCCUGUACUGGCCACAAUGCCAAGCUCUUUACCUCCAAACACUUCUUUGGAGAAUAUCAGCCAGGCGCCCUCUUUGUCAUCAAGAUCUCCUCCUCUACUUCCUCACUCACAGGUGGCAUCAGUGUUCAUUGUACUGGUGGUUACAGUCAUCAUUCUGGGGACUCUGGUGGGUAAUGUUUUGGUUGUGGUGGCCGUGUUCACCAGCCGAGCCCUGAGGGCACCUCAGAAUCUCUUCCUGGUGUCUCUGGCGUCAGCAGACAUACUGGUGGCGACGUUGGUCAUCCCCUUCUCGUUGGCUAAUGAGGUCAUGGGUUACUGGUACUUUGGUUCCACCUGGUGCUCCUUCUACCUGGCUCUGGAUGUCCUGUUUUGCACUUCCUCCAUUGUCCACCUCUGUGCCAUCAGCCUCGAUCGCUACUGGUCUGUCACUAAAGCUGUCAGCUACAACCGCAAACGGACGCCUAAGCGGAUUAAAGCAAUGAUCAGCAUUGUGUGGCUCAUAUCUAUUGUCAUUUCAUCCCCACCACUCCUCAUGACACAGAAAGAGGAGGAUUUGGAGAUGGAAGGUGAGAAUGACACACAGAGGCAGGAGUGUCUUCUCAAUAACCAGACGUGGUACAUCCUUUCCUCCUGCCUGGUGUCUUUCUUUGCCCCAGGAGUCAUCAUGAUACUUGUUUAUUGUAAAAUCUACCGUGUUGCCAAGCAGCGAGCCUCCACUGUGUUUGUGGCAAAGAAUGUGAUGGAGCGGCAGCCAUCACAGUCUGAGACCUGCUUUGUGGGCUCCACCAGGACUUACCCAAAAAAAGGAGUCAGCUGCAGUAAAUCCCAGUAUGAACUGGAGAGCCCACGGCCUGUGAACCGACUCAGCUCUUCCAACUUGGCCAGCAACAGCAGCAACCACAGGAGAGAGGAGCUAGAUGAUAUUGACUUAGAGGAGAAGAGCUGUGAAGCUGAAACCAAAACAUCCUCCUCAUUUUCCUCAUCUCUCCAUUUCCCCAGGAGAGCUGGCGUGAGGGUAAAAAAAACAGAGGAAGGGAAGGAUGCUGAGGGAACAACAAGCAGGUUGAAGCCUCCUCCUCUUCCUCCUCCUCCUCCCUGUGCCUCCAUAUCAUGGGCAUCUUCCGACCAGUGUUCCCACCAGUUCCUCCUCCCCUCUCCAGUGCCUCUUCGUAGCAGGCAGAUGUCUAUGUCCAAAAACAAAGUGGCUCAAAUGAGGGAGAAGCGCUUCACUUUUGUUCUGGCAGUAGUGAUGGGGGUUUUUGUCCUCUGCUGGUUUCCAUUUUUCUUCACUUAUAGUCUCCACGCUGUCUGCAGAGAGAACUGCACGAUCCCUGACACACUCUUCAACCUGUUUUUCUGGAUUGGAUACUGCAACAGCUGCCUGAACCCCAUCAUAUACACUAUUUUUAACCGAGACUUCAGGAGGGCAUUCAAGAAGAUUUUGUUCCAGACUCAUAAACAAACGUAAUAUGUGAAUGUAUAUGUGUUUGUGUGUGUGCCUUCUGCUUACUCACAGAGAAACAGGCACAAACACAAAUGUGUGUACACAGAUUUAAUUCUGUUUUCCACUGUGCUGUCAUACUAUUAUUA